AUGGGGAACACCAUCAGGGCCCUCACGGCCUUCAUCCCUGCCGACUGCUUCCAGAACUACAUGGUUAGAGACCUCCGGGAGAUGCCACUGGACAAGAUGGUAGAUCUGAGUGGGAACCAGCUGUGCCGCUUCCCUGUGCACGUGUGCUCCUUCCAGGAGCUGGUCAAGCUCUACUUGAGCGACAACCACCUCAACAGCCUGCCUCCAGAGCUGGGGCAGCUGCAAAAUCUGCAGAUCUUGGCCCUGGAUUUCAACAACUUCAAGGCUCUGCCCCAGGUGGUAUGUACCUUGAAACAGCUCUGCAUCCUCUACUUGGGCAACAACAAACUCUGCAACCUCCCCAGUGAGCUGAGCCUGCUCCAGAAUCUCCGGACUCUGUGGGUCGAGGCCAAUUACCUCACCCAGCUGCCGGACGUGGUCUGUGAGCUGAGUCUCCUUAAGACUCUGCAUGCUGGCUCCAAUGCCCUGCGUCUGCUGCCAGGCCAGCUCCAGCGCCUCCGGGAGCUGAGGACCAUCUGGCUCUCAGGCAACCUGCUGACUGAAUUCCCGCCUGUGCUGCUUCACAUGCCUUUCCUGGAGGUGAUCGAUGUGGACCAGAACAGCAUCCGCUACUUCCCCAGCCUGGCCCACCUGUCAAGCCUGAAGCUGGUCAUCUAUGACCACAACCCUUGCAGGAAUGCACCCAAGGUAGCCAAAGGGGUGCGGCGCGUGGGAAGAUGGGCAGAGGAGACCCCAGAGCCUGACCCUAGAAAAGCCAGGCGCUAUGCAUUGGCCAGGGAGGAAAGCCAGGAGGCACAGCUGCCUGCCCUGCCUCCUCCACUCCCUCCUACCAACUCCUGA